AUGCCAUCGAUCGUCCGUGGUCCACGAAGUCCAGUCCUCUGUACUCAGACACUAGGCGAGCUCAUUGAAGCGCAAGCCCAUAGAAAUAGUUCUCGUACUGGCGCUUCAUUCCCAUGGCAACAUCACUCACUCUCAUACCAACAAUUCGCGGAUAGAAGCAAGCUUCUUGCAAAGUCGAUGCUCGAAGCUGGCUUGCAACAUGGAGACUGCAUUGGAAUCAUGGCAGGCAAUUGCUAUCAAUAUAUUGAGGUGUUUCUUGGUGCUGCCAGGAUUGGCUGCCCGCUUGUGGUAUUCAACAACACAUAUUCAGCAGAGGAAUUGUGCUCAGCCCUCUCAGUCAGCUGUUGCAAACUUCUUUUCCUUGCAUCGAACAUUGGGCUCAAAUCACUUGAAAGCCAUAUACAGGCCGUAGGCACACGGCCUGAAGAAUUGCCGCACCUCAAGCGAAUCGUUCAGCUGUCUCGCAAAACGAUGAACAUCCCAUCGAAUGUCGAGAUCAUGCCCUACUCGGCUUUUGUCAGCAACGAUCAUUCGGCCUCCAUAAAUGAUGCCACGUUGCGGAGGGCGGAGUGCAAAGUGCGCAAUACUGAUGUUCUCAAUCUGCAGUUCACCUCAGGAACAACGGGUGCCCCCAAAGCUGCUAUGCUUACUCAUUUCAACCUCAUUAACAAUGCCCUGCUCUUCGGGUCCGGAUUGAGGUUGACCGAUAAGGACAUUGUCUGCUGCCCGCCUCCUCUCUUCCAUUGCUUCGGUCUCGUCAUGGGCUUCCUCGGUGCCUUCACUCAUUCCAGCAGCAUCGUCUUCCCAUGUGACCAAUUCGAUGCGAAUUUAGUGCUUGACGCCGUAUCCGAAGCGAAGUGUACUGUCAUACUCGGCGUGCCAACCAUGUUCAUCGCGCAGAUGGAAGCGAACAAGCGCAAAGGCUAUCGGCUUGAUACUCUUCGACUCGGUGUUGGCGCCGGCUCUACUGUCCCAGCACCAUUGAUGAGAGAUCUGCGUCAGAAAAUGGGGAUUGAAACGAUGCUGAUCGCCUACGGGAUGACAGAAACAAGCCCAGUCUCCUUCAUGACUUCAAUCGAAGACGACGAUGAACGACGGGCUACAACUGUUGGUCGGAUUCAACCCCAUACGUUGGCGAAGGUCGUCGACAGUGAAGGCAACAUAUUGCCACGGGGAGUACCUGGCGAGCUUUGUGUUGGCGGAUAUCUCCUGCAAAAGGGGUACUGGCAGAAUGAGGCAAAGACCGCCGAGGUCAUGAAACUGGACGAUGCUGGCAUCAGGUGGGUGUACACGGGCGACGAAUGUGUGAUAACAGCGGAUGAGUAUUGCGUGGUGACCGGGCGCAUUAAGGAUCUCAUCAUCAGAGGCAGGUCUCCGGAACAUUAUGAUAGCUUGAUACUGACGAGAGGUGAGAACAUAUCCCCUGUGCAGGUGGAAGACCGCCUGCUCGAACACAAGUCGAUUGCAGAUGCAUGUGUGGUCUCGAUCAAGGAUUCGAAAUAUGGUGAAGUGGUUGGCUGUUUUUUGAGGUUGGAGGAGAACUCCAGCAAGCCUUCCAACGCAGAAGUCAACCAGUGGGUUCGACAACGUCUCGGUUCGCAUAAAGCACCGCAACAUGUGUUUUGGAUCGGAGAUCCAGGUGUGGGACUGGACUAUCCCAAGACAGGGAGUGGAAAGAUUCAAAAGCACAUUCUUCGAACCGUGGGUGAUAAGCUGGUUGCAGGUAUGCAGGUCAAGCCCAAGCUUUGA